CUCCAACCCAUUCAUCAUCUCAACUCCAUCAGCAUCUUUAUCAUCUUCAGCAUCAAACAGGUCAACUUCACCAACAAACAUACAGCAUGGCACACGGUAGCGCUUACAGCGCCAUCGAAAUCGACGACGACGAGCUGAAUAAUGCCACCGAGCUCCAAUUUCAGAAUUUCUCUUCAACAGACACUCGUGCGCAACCCCCAACCGGAAAUAUCUCUUCGUCUUCGACAAGCACACCACAGCCACGACAGACAGGAUUCGGUUCUUCAGCCAUCUUUGAACCAAAUCGAGCCAAUCAAGAGCAGAAUGCGAACCAGCCAAUCUGGUCGGUGGGGUAUUAUGCAAAGUUCUUUGACGUCGACACUGAUCAGGUGAUGGAACGAUGCUUCGCAAGUGUGAUUCCUAAGGACAACUUUCUUGAGGUGAUGGGCGGUCGCCCUGAUCUUUAUGGACCCUUCUGGAUCGCAACAACGGUGAUUUUCGUGCUGUUUGUGACAUCCUCGAUCGUGGAAUCGAUCAACGCCUAUAUCAACAAGACAACGUAUUCGUACGACAUCUUUCAGAUGACCUUCGCAUUCGGCACUAUCUAUACCUAUGCCUUUGUGGUCCCACUCAUGGUUUGGGGAGCGACCAAAUACUUUGGUUGUCAACCAGACUUGCUCGAAAUGCUGGCCUUGUACGGAUAUGCGCUCACGAUCUGGAUCCCGGUCUCUAUCCUCUCUGUGAUCCCCAUUGAGCUGGCUCGAUGGAUCCUGUUGGGUAUCGGCGCGGGUCUGUCGGGCGUCUUCUUGAUCAGGAACAUGUAUCCGGUUCUGUCGAGGGCCGAGGCUCAGAUUGCAAAGAUCAUCUUGGUUCUUGUGAUUAUCUUCCAUGGCGUGUUGGCACUGAUCCUGAAGUACAGAUUCUUUGCAUACAACACCGGAGCCUCUGCACCAUCACCUGAUACGCCUCCUGCGGCAUAGAGAAGAGGGUGGUUAGACAUGUCAUAAGGAGAUGAAUCUUGGUGUUCAAUACUAUCAUUUCAUGAAAUAAAAUACACGCAUACAAAAAAUGUUCGUCCUUGUCAUGGACACGGUAC